ACUGUUGUGCGACAAAUUAACGCUAGUGUGCGCAUAAAUUAUUAUUUGUAAUAAUUAUUAAUAAGUUGCUAAAUUGGAACUUAUUACAUCUUUUAAAAUAUUUUAAUUACACUAAAUGUUUAUUGUAUAUUCAUUAUGAAACCCUAUAAUAAUUACUAAGUAGGUAGAUUUACAUAUAAAUGUUAUAUAUGUAACGUAACUUUUAUACAUAAUACAGAUAAAAUGAUAUGUUAAUGGAUGAAGAAAAUUAAUGAAAAAUUUGAUGACAAACAUUAAUUGCUUGUAAUAGCAAACAAAGAGAUCAAUUUUUUCAUUUCUAAAUGAAUAAUCAUUUUAUUAUUAUUUCAUACAUAUAUAUGCAAAACUUUUCAUUAUAAAUAACUUUAAAUAUGCGAAACAGAAGUGCUCUUGAAUGAACAUUAUUAAAACACACAAAUAAUAUAAAUUACAUUUCGGUAAAAUAUAGCAAAAUUCUGUUAUACUUUUUUAAACAUAUUUUAUAAAUAGCUUUAAAUAUACAUUAAGCGUCAUAUAUACAUAUAUAGUAUACAUAUAUUCAUACAUUUAUAUAUAAUGUGAUGAUGUGUAAAGUGCCUACAUAUCUCUUUUAUAUAAUUUUUGUAUAUAUGAUUAAAAUCACUUUUUUAGCUAUUAAUGUAAUUCGAGCUGCAUGACUUUAUUAUAUUUUAUGCUCAAAAAAUUUUGAAGAAGUAUUAUAUAAUUAAAACUAUUCAAGUUUUAAAUUAUGUAUUUUGUGUAUUUUUUACAAUAGUUUAUAGUUAUUAUAUAUGUAUCUAUAUAUUAAAAAUUUAAUUGUGUAUAAUAAGGCUGGCUAUGAAUAUUAUAAAACGCUUUCAUUACUAAAACAAAUGUUUGCAACGUGUACGAUAAUAUUGAAUAAAAUAAAUUAUUCAAUAUACUUUUUAUUGUAUAAUAUAAUAAUUAAACUAUGGACCACAUAGAAAUGAGUGAAAGUGGAAAGAGAUAUGUAAUCCAAGUUCUUUUUCCGGACUGUGAAGCCAAAAAAUAAAAGAAUAAGAAAAUAUAGGACUGCGGAUAUAUAUGUAAAUUCAUAUUUUUAUAAAUCCAACUAGAAAAUAGAAUCUAAAUAGACAAUUGAUUUAUUUACUGAAUAAUGUAAUGAGUACUAAAUUCUGAGAUUAAUUAGAUAUUUUUACAUAUUAUAUACAUAAUAUAUAAUAAUAACAUUUACCAUAUAUAUUUUAAAUGAUACAACUUUAUUUAAAAUUUGUGUUUGCUUUGAUUUUAAUAUAUUCGCUUCGUUUGUUUUGUAUGUUCGAUUAUCUCGUAACUUGUAACGCUCGAUUAAAAAUUGGCUUAUCGAUAGAAAAAGAUAUCGAUAACCUAUCGAAAGACUUUUUGAGUUGUGCUUGUGUCAGUUGUUUCCACGAUCGUUGUAUCUGUCUACUGGAAUUUUGUGAACUAGAACAUAAAAUAAAAGAAGGAAAUUAACAAAAUGUCAGUUCCAAUUGAUUAUAUUGAUUUAACGACUGACCUACCAGAUCAACCUUCAAAAUUACGAAAUAAGGAUGAAAUAUAUGUUAAUUUAACAAUAACAAAAUCACGAAAGCGUGGUUCUAAAAAACAAGUUGCACAACUUGAAGAUUCCAUUAUGUACAAAAAAAAAGUACAAAAAGAAAAUCAUAUGUCAUUUUUCGUUGGAGGCACUGCAAUUGGAAUGGCAGCUGGUCUAUUAGCUGGAAGAUUAUUUUCAAAUACAUCAAUUAAAAAAAAUCAAAAAUUUGGACCUGAAAUUCUUAUCAACAAAAAUAUGAAAAAAUAUUCUCAGGAUGAUAAUAUUUAUGAUGCAUAUUUUAAUAAAAGUCAUCGUAAUAUACGUUCUAAAAGUGUUUCUCGAUACAAUGAGAAAAAUCUCAUAGAGAAACCACUGUCACCAAUUUCUUUAAAUAAAUCUGAUGAUAAGUUAAAAAAUGAUAUUAAUAAUUUUAAUUCAUGUUGCAAAUGCAACAAAGAUGAACAUACAGUCUUUCAUGAUAACAAAAAUCAUAUUCUGUAUAAUAUAAGUAUAGAAAAUAACAAUGAAUACAAUGCACUUACUGAUAUUUUUCCAGAAAACACUAAGGAAGAAACAAAGAACAAUAAUUAUUUUAAAUUAAAAAAUACUAAACAAGAAUCUUCACAUGCUGUCCAAUCAGAAAAUAAUGUAAGUGUUAAAGAUGAAAAUUGUUUGAAAGCAAUACAUAUUGAAAAAGAAGCGUCAAAAACUGCAAAAAUUUAUGAAAGUAUGCAGUUAACAGACAUAUUUAACAGUUUAUCUAUUAAUUUCUGUGAAAACAGUACUAUUUAUAAGAACCUUCCAAAUAUAACAAAUUCUGGGAGUGGUUCAAAUAUUUUAUCAAGUUACACUGAUAAUGCCAGUAAUAUGGCUACAUAUGAUACUACAUAUUUCGAAAAUGCAGAACAAAGUAACAUUUUUAAUUUUUCUUCUAUUGAAGACUUUUAUGAAACUGACAUAAUCUCGUCUACAAAACAGAAUAAUUUCAAUGAUAUCUAAAAGUUUUUAAAUGUAAUAACUAGAAUGCAGAUUUUUAUGGAUUUAUAAAAAAUUUAAAAGUACAAAAUUACAAAACAUGAUCAUAAUAUGAAAAAUGUAUAAACUAUUCAAAGUACAAUGUUUUCUAUAAUGCUUGGUAGAUAAAACAAUUGGCCACAGAGGUUCUUUAAUGUAGAAUAUCAAGUUAAGCCAUGUUAAUUCUUUAAUUACAUUCUCAGAAAUGUGAAUCUGCAUAAAAAUCCGCAAUUUAGUAAUAACUAUUAUAAAGUUAAGGUUUUAAACUAAUAACAAUAUUGUUAUUUAGUUUGAAUAUUUUCUUUUUUAUUACAUGUAUA